AUGAGUACCAAGAUUGGAGUGCAUAAUCCACUGAAAGAAUACAUCAAGUUCCUACCCGAGGAGCUUCUGCCCACAUUUUGGUCAGAAGCUGAACGUGACCUGCUCACCGGCACCUCGCUCAAACCGGCAAUCGAAGCCAAGAUCAAAAGCCUCAAUAAAGAGUUCGAGCAGCUGCGAUCCGCAACUGAGCACAUCAAGUGGUGCGCCGAAGAGUUGUGGGACGAAGAGGAUGGCCUCCUGUCUUUUGACGAUUGGCUCCAAGUGGACGCCAUGUACCGUUCUCGCGCUUUGGAGUUCCCCGGCAUUGGCGACUGCAUGGUUCCUUGCGUGGACAUGGCCAACCACGCGAGCGGCGAUGCUACAGUCGCGCUUUACGAGACGGACUCGGAUGGAAAUGCCGCGCUGUUGCUGCGUGAUGGCAAAGAGCUCAAGAAGGGCGACGAAAUCACCAUCACGUACGGGGAUAAAAAAGGCGCAUGUGAGAUGCUAUUCUCUUAUGGUUUCAUUGAAGACAGCAUGACAUCAGCCCAAGAACUCUUCCUGGACCUGGAAAUCCCCAACGACGAUCCUCUCAAACGCGCAAAGUUGCACGUGAACAAAUCGGCGCCGGGAGUUCGUCUAUUUGAUUCCGAUGAUGCCGAAGCACCCGCAGGGUCAACAGGCUGGCAGAGUGACUUUGUUUGGCUUGUAGUGGUAAACGAGGAGGAUGGACUGGAGUUUGAGGUUGCGCAAACCACAGAUGGCGCGCGUGAACUCCGCGUUUACUGGAACGGAUCGGUGCUCGAAGAGCCCGACAAAGUGGUAGAAGCACUCAAGACACACCAGUUAUGGGAUGUCUUCAGGCUUCGAGCCGUCUCUCUCGUCCAGGACAGGGUUGAGGUGCAGCUGCGGUCGCUGUAUGGGACUGACGAUGAGGUGAAAUCGGCUGUGAGAGGGGAAGGUAUUGGCAUGCGGGAACGUGUGUGGUCACUGACUACCCGAUUGAGAGACCUAGAGAGAGAUCUACUAGAGAGGGCUUAUGGCGAUCUCGAGGAGGAAAAGGAAAAACUCGUCGAGACGGAGACUGUGCAGCAGUACCUGCAAGCCAUGGCACAGCAAGAGCCUGAGGAGGACUUCACUUGA